UUUAAGGACCGUCAUUUCCGCCAAGGAGAACGCUUGAGUGUACACUUUUUUAAACUAGUACAAAAAGUUCAGCCAAGAAAAACAAACUUUUUAACAUGUACGGGUUAAAAAGAAUAUUGUUAUUCGUUACUUCGAUUAUAUUAAUUUGCGCCGCAAGGAUUACCACAGCGCACAAAUUAAAUGUACCUCGAGUUCUGCUACCAAUAUUCAAUAACUUCGCUGUAAAUUUCACUUUAGAGGUGACGGAUGGCGGUUGUUAUAAAUGGUCUGCUUCUCGUAUGGAUAUCAUACAGCUAAUUCCUAUAAACGAGAACUUUGACAGAACAUGUUCUUCAGUGAUACUAAUUCAAACCAUAACGAGAGAGCUAACGAGAAAUACCGCAAUUGUAUUAGCAGAAGAUGUCAAUACUGGUCACUUUUUACGAUGUGAUGUCAUAGUAGAUGCAAUUUUUUCUUUAAAUCUUAUUACCACUACUAAAGAACUGUACAUUGAAGAUAUACCUGAGGCAUUCGAAGUACGAGCAUAUGAUGAACAAGGAAACGAGUUUACAACUUUGGCAGGUAUAGAAUUCCUCUGGAUCAUUGGUGAUACUAAACACAUGCCAUCCAAUAGUGAAUCCACGAGUAACGUGUUGCGUUUUAUGACUUAUGAGGAAUCAGAAUAUGAAAGACCUGCUAGUGUAGCAAUGUUAGAUAGCAUCGGCAAAAGAGGUCAUAUUGUUCUCAUAGAAGGUAUUAGGACUGGUACAGCCAAGAUAUCUGUUAGAUUACCACAUUCAGAGUACAAGUACGUACCAGCUAUAGAACUGGAGUUAAUUGUUAUCGCUAAUUUGAUCAUUAUUCCACCGGAAAUAACAAUAAUGGCUCACGACAGUUUCGAAUACAAAAUAAUGCAUACUCGUCAAGGGCGAUUAGAAGAAAUUAGCUUACCUUCGAAUCAGUAUUACUUGGAAGCUGAGAAUCCUGAUAUAUUGGACAUUGAUAAUGACCGUUAUUUUGCAUAUGGUCAUAAAACGGGACGUACAAAAGUAUUUUUACAUGAUAAAAACGUUCGUGAAGAGUAUCCCGUUAUUCUACCUUUCGCCAUGGUUAAUAUACAUGAAGUAGCUUACAUUUCUAUUUCCGUUCUACCCAAUAGAAAUUGGGGAUUGGUAUUAGAUCACACUCAUGAAAUCAUUGUUGAAUUGUAUGACAGCAAAGACCAUAAGUUUCAUAUCGGCGAGGGCGUGGAGGUCUCCAUGAAAAUAGACGAACAAUACAUCGAACCAAAGUCGAUCACACAAAAUGGUACUUACGCUGUUGGGGUCCCGAUUACCUGCGGAAUAACAACAAUAGAAGCAACAUUACGUAGCAUAAUCGAUAAACGCGGCAAGAGAAUGGUGUUGGACUCGCAACGUUCUGCUAAAGCCGAGCUCACGAUACACACCGCGAUGAAAGUUCAACCCCGCGCUCUAAUUGUUCCGUGGGACAUUGUGAAUAAAUCCAGAUUUGACGUAAUGUUGAAGGCGACCGGAGGAGAUGGAUCGUACGUCUGGUCCAGCAGGCAACCAUCGAUAGUGACCAUCUUGCAAGACGGUAGCAUCAAGAUUCUGUCGAUGGGUAUGGCGGAGGUGACUGUCGCGAUGGCGCGGAAUCAGUACAACAAGGAUACAGCAAAGGUAUACAUACUGCAACCUUCAAAACUGAAGAUUAUACAGUACAACAUGGAAGCGGCAAUAGGAGAAGCAAUUCAUCUGCACGUUGCGUUAUUCGGGAGUCUGGUCAACGGAUCCGACGUCAAAGAGAUAGCCUUCAGCAGCUGCGAAAACAUUAAUUUCGAAGUGCAUAUUCAAAGCGAGAAUUUCGUGCAGACUUAUGACAAGAACGUGCAACCGGUUGGCAACGCCUGUGCCGUCAUAACUGUCAUCAAUCACUGCUGCGUCGAAAUCUCUGACGUGACCGUGACCUACAACACGAAUGAGAAUAAUAUCAAUCGUUACCUAAUGGACAACGUUACCGUGUCGGCGUAUGAACCACUCACAGCUAUAUAUCCAGAGAGUAAACGGACGUUGCUUGCUGUUGGAUCUUCAAGGAAUGUAGUGUUCAAGGGCGGACCACUCCCGUGGACGAACAAGUCUCAGAAUUACUUGCAAAACAUACACUCGUCGAACAAACAGAUCGUUGAGGUACUGAAACACGAAGUUUCAUUAGGCAGGCUAUUCGACAGAGCCGUCUUCACGGUGAUCUGCAAAGCGCUAGGCAAAACGGUGCUGACUUACACGGUAUCAAACAUACCUCUUUUCCCAAAUUGUCAACACACUCAUGCAUCAGAGACGAUCGAAAUUGUCUGCGGCAAGCCCAGGUACAUCUACCUAUACCCUGAAUUCACGGACAGUGAAAAUUGCCCGAUCAGUCAAAACGCGAAUAAGAUAAUCGCGCAUAGCGACAAGCGUCUGAAGAUCUUCGUAGUUGUCAAGGACGAGGACGGUAAACGGUUCGAUAACAUCACGAGUUUGAACAUCGAGUGGAAUCUGAAGCCGUCCGGUAGCGGUUCCGUAGAAAUUCCAUCGAGCACGAUGGAGGAAACUCGGACAGACGUGAUUUUAGAGAACGUAAUUUUGCCGAAGAAUCAAUAUCAGAACGUCAUUUUUAAGAGACAUUACGGUGUGCUGACGGUGUUCGCGACUGUCACCGGUUACCAAAAACAUAUUCUCAACAAAUUACAGAUCACGCCGGAGUGGCCAUUAUUUUUCAUCAAGAAUGAGAGAGGCGGAGUGGAAACUCCGCUGAUCGAGACCUCUAUAGAGAUAACUCUUGUGAACGAUACUGUCGUUACCCCAAAUAAAUUAAUUAUUCUGAACGAUUCGAGCAUAAAAUCGUACUUACAGGUCAAUCAGGGCUCUGGUUAUUACAAAUUUGUCCUGAGCUCAGACGAGAUAGCAGAUAUUCAGUACAUGGAGACGACAAGAAUGAUCAGCGUGAUGCCGCGAAGGCCGGGUGUGCUUCGAAUCACGUUGGUAGAUCUCUGUUUACCUUCGAAGCCGGCGGAGAUACGUGUGGAAGUGCAGAAACUCGCAGUGAUCGAAGUAGAUACCAUGAACAAAAUCGAGAAGGGAAAAUGUGUGACGGCAGCACUAAAGCUCUACGAUACGAAUGGUCAUAUUGUGAAGCUACCAUCUCUCAGCAUCCUAGAUUUUCAUGUAGAAAUCGAUAACGGAUACAUCGACGUUAAACAGUUGCCCGCUAACGAGCAAGGUACCGCGCCUUACGAACGAAUAUUAUACAAGAUUCAUGGCAUGUCCGAAGGCGAAAGUCACUUAACUUUUGUAAAGAAGGGCGACCGCGAGAUACAAAGCGAAUCAGUCCUUGUGCAAGUAUUCCUCCCGUUACAAGUACAGCCGAAUAACUUGACGAUACUGAUCGGUACGAUUUAUCAGAUGCAGAUCAUUGGUGGUCCGCCGAACGCCGAAAUUGAGUUCGCGACAGAAAACGGCGAUAUCUUGCUAGCUGAUGACAAAGGGAUUCUUGAGGGAAAAUCGGCGGGUCAGACGAAGAUUCACGUUCGUGCAGUUGGAUUCGAUGCCAAAGACAACAAGGUCAUCUACUCGAAGGAUAGCGCUAACGUACAUGUGUUGCAUCUCGAAGGGAUAAAGAUCCUGACUCCUGUGAACAGAGUGAAAACAGGCGCUAUAUUUCCUCUCUGGGCAUUUGGUAUUCCCGAUUAUCUGAUGCCACUCAUUAUCGGUUCUACGCAAUUGCCAUUGAAUUUUGCGUGGUCGUCGAGCGAUCCCAGCUUACUAACACUGCACAAUAUGUACGAGAGUACCGGCAUAAACAUCAGGUAUCAAAAUCAAGUAUCGCUAAGGGCCAAAGCGAUCAGUCCAGGGGUGACAACGAUUUAUCUGAACGUCACCGUACCUUAUAACAUGCUGUCCGGUUUCAACAAAAACGAUAUUACGUACACCACGUUUGUGAAAAUUGAAAUUUUCGAGGAACUGCAUUUGGUUCAUCCGGUAUCAUCGAAAAAAACAUUGCCUAUAUUACUGAUGUCACCAAAUUCCGUUUUACGACUACAAACGGAUCGAGACAAGCAUGGUACAACGACUUACAAGAUCCUGUCACUUGAUAGCACACACAGCAAUGAAUCCGAGGAUUCUCAUAUUUUAACAUCUGCCAUGAAAACCGUAACUGUAAAUAAAAACGGAGUCGUAAGGUCUGGCGAAAAUUUCGGCCAAACUAUUAUCUCCAUUACGAAUACAGAAGCGUACAAUUUGAAGCAGUCGUUGACGAUUAUCAUUGAGGUCAAGCCUAUUCAUUACAUGAUGCUUUCCUUAAAAUCCAAAUUACGCAUACGGAACAGCGAAGAACUGAAUAUGUUACCAAAAGGAAUGGAGCUAGAUUAUAUUGUUGAGUAUUAUGAUAAUGUCGGAAAUAAAUUUCAUGCUGCCGAGACGAAUAUCAAAACUAUGAUGAAUCGCGCCGAUUUAGCAUCGUUUACGAUAGGCUCGAGUAACGUGAUUACUGCUAAAUUCCUGGAAAAUGGAGAGUUAAUUAUGAAAAUCUUUAAUGAAAAAUAUCCUACUGCAAUGUUUGAUUAUGUUCACAUGAUGAUUGGGGAUAUUGUCUUUCCGACGAAGACAACUUUAACCGUCGGUGAUAUAAUAUGUUUUUCUAUGCCACUUCUUUCUUCUGAUGGAGAUCCAGGAUAUUGGCAGUCCUCCGCAUCUGAAAUUUUAUUAGUAGAUCCGAUUACAGGCAUAGGUCGCGCACAAAAUGUCGGGCAUGCGGUUAUAAAGCACAGUCUCGCAACACAAGUGCAGGGUGAAAUAGAAGUCAACAUCUUACCGAUUUCGCGGAUAUCCAUCGUUCCUUUAAGAGGAAAGAAUAUCACUGGGACCGAGACAUUCAGCGUACCACUUGUAUUGAAGAGCAAAGAUGAGGAGAUCAAAGAGAAUAACGUGUUAGCAAGAGGUUUAGGUGGUUGCCGGACGUUAUCAUCAUUUGCCCUGAACGUAUUUCCUUACACGUGCAAUGUUCAAUUCGUUCCAUCGAUUUCGUCUAUCAGCAUAAAGGAUUUGUUUAUCGUAAAGCCGCGAUUCGAUAUCGUUACAGGAUUCUAUUACUGCGACAUUAUACCGAUGAGUACUCCAACUGCGGACGCCAGUACGUUAGAAAGUCAUAUUCAGAUUAGCGCUCAUAGCCGAGACAUCGAAUCAGCAAUUCUAGAACUCACUUACUUACCACCUGUAUACGUCAACGCCAAGGAGAUCGUGUUUAUCACCACUCAAAGCCCUGGCGAUGCACUUUCAGCAGCAUUCGAAGUGCACGGAUUACCAUCGGUGUUAAAACAUCUCACUAUUAAUGUACCGGAUGGUGUAGCUAUCACCUGGCAGCAAUACGUUACCAAGUCUAUACUUCAAAUCAGACUACGUUUAACGCGUCCAGACGAGAUACAGGGGCAAAAAUUAUUCAUUGCGAACGAUUUAACUAAGCAAAAUAUAUCUCUUCACAUACGUGUAUCAAAAUACAGUACUUUUAUUCCUAUGACUGGAGUACAAUGGGUGAAUUAUAUGUAUUUCCAUCGAUAUACACUUGGAACGUUCGCCGUUAUUGUGAUUACGAUCUUUUAUGUAUGGAGGCGCAAGAUAGCGAGUGUCGACUUAACAAUCAGAAAUAGAAGUAUUUUUGUUGAUAAAACUCCGCCAAUGAUGAAGACUAUUGGUACUCCAUGUGCGAACAUUACUCCUACCAUUCCGACAUCCAGCCCGCGAACUCCGACGUCCACUACGGUAACACCGCCAUUCUCUGCAUUCAAAAGUAUGCCUAUUUACGGAGAUCCUCGUUUCGGUGUAGCAUAUAGAAGAACUAUGAAAGAAUAGAAAAGGAUACAAAAACAAUUUCUCGAAUCAUUAAUGGAGAUUAAUUAACACGUUCCAUGCCGAGUCGAUUUUUGAUGACUUUCCAUUUUCUUAAAAUGGAAUAUUUUCUAAAAAGUUUGUUAAAAUACAGAUCUUUAUCUCUAUAGUUUUCUAUAGUUGUAAUUUAAUAGUUAUAUAUUUCUUUUUUCUUAAUAUUAUGAAGUUGUAAUUAUAUGAAUAUUACGCAAUACAUGUUAUAAAAUUAUUCGAUUCGAGAGUGCAGUAAAUCGCGAGAUGCAUACGAUCCAUGAGAACGUGUUAAGUACUGAUCAAUAACAAUUAACGAAAGCUCCGUGAGAGCUAUGAUGUUGCAAAAAAUAUUUAAUAUUACUUUGACUCAGGAUUAUUUAGUUUCGUGAGAAUAGCUUUUCUUCCAUUAACGUAAAGUAGCUGACGCAGGUACUGAGAUUGUUAAACAUGAACUAAUUUUCUUUCUUAUACGAAGUAGGUUUUUUCUUAGGAAUUAUUUAAUUAUAUAAAUAAUGAAUAAUUAUUAUGGCAAAAUCGUGCCUUAAAAUAAAGAGAGAUUACUGCCACUUUUUCUGCUCUUUACCUAAAAUUUAAAAAUUUUCAUUUCACGUGUAAAGAAGAUUCAGUUCUUCGUAGAAUGUUAUAUUUGUAUUUUCACAUGAUACCAAGAAACUGUGCAUAGCUGUAUACAUAUCGCCGUUAUAUGUAUAUGUAACAUACUUAUAAAUAACAUUAUGUAUAAUGUAGUGUAUGAUAAUUGUAUUUGUAUGUGUGUGCAUGUGUGCACAUGAAAUACGAUUAUAGUUUGUUCUUACAUUGCCAUGGUAUAUAUAUAUUCUUAAGUAUAUGUUCAUUUCAAUGAUGUAUGAUAGUUCCUAGUCACUAAAACUAUAUUUUUGCUUACAUUGUAAUUAAACAUUGUAAUAUCUACAUGAUACAUAUUGUUAUGAAAGAAACCUUAUCUUCUGUAUGUUUAUUAUAUUAUAGAAUUGUAAUAUGUGUACAUAUUAAUAGUACUAAUUAAAGGUUCUGUUGUGAUUUUCAAGCUAAAUAAGCAAGUGAGAACUUUGAUUUACGCAGUUAUCAGUGCGUACAUUUACAACUUAUUAUGUGUGAAAGUUUCUUUGAUCCUCUACAGUGACAAACAGUAAUGACUGAUCAAUCAAAGUUCUACUUCGCUCAUUUAGCUUGGAAAAAAAGAAAACAUCAAGAAUAUUGUUUAAGUUGAAUAGAAAAACGCAGCACAAUUCCAUCAUAAAUAAUAAUGUUUAUUAUAAAAG